UUGGAUUGGCUGUUUGAUAAAUUACUGUGUAUAAAACAGCGUCGCGAAAAAGCUUUUUUUUCAAAAGAAUUCUUUUUUUAUAUAUCGUACAAUGGAUACUUCCAAAGUAGAUAUAAAAGUUCAAUGGAAUCUUUCUGUUGAAGACAUUAAAUCAAAAGUUCAAGAACUAAUUGAAAAAACAAGAUCCGUGUAUGAUUAUGUUGGUUCAAUUCCUGCUGAUGAAGUUAACCUUGAAAAUGUGCUAAUGACUUUGGCUUAUAAUGACUACAAACACAAAAUUGAAAAUACCAUGUUGGAUUUUCCUCAGCAUGUUUCAACAAACAAAGAAAUAAGAGCAGCCAGCACAGAAGCAGACAAAAUGUUAUCCGAUUUUGCUGUGGAAAUGAGUAUGCGAGAAGAUGUAUUCAAGAACCUUAUAGCUUUACAAAAAAAGAACUGUGAGAUGAGUAAAGAAGCAGCUAGAUAUCUUGAAAGACUAAUAAGAAAUGGUCAAAGAGAUGGGCUCCAUUUAUCGAAGGAUACUCAAGAAGAAGUUAAAAGAAUAAAAAAAAGAAUUAGUGAUCUUUCAAUUGAAUUUAAUAAAAACUGUAAUGAAGAAAACACUGUUUUUGAGUUUACUGAAGAUGAAUUGAGUGGUUUGCCUCAAGAUUUUCUUAAUGGUUUAAAAAAGAGUGAAAGUGGAGAUAAAUUUCAAGUAUCGCUUAAAUAUCCAGAUUAUUUUCCAUGCAUGAAAAAUGCACGCAAUCCUGAUGUAAGAAAAAUCCUUGAAACUGCUUUUAAUAGUAGAUGCAUAAAAGAGAAUACACCAAUACUUGAGGAGUUGAUAGAACUCAGAGACAAAAAGGCAAAAAUUCUUGGAUUUGAAAAUCAUGCAUCUUUUGUUACUGAAAUGCGCAUGGCAAAAACUGCUGAUACAGUGAUGUCUUUCCUUGAUGAGCUUGCUGUGAAGUUAGAACCUCUAGGUGCACAAGAAGUUACAGAAAUGUUGACACUCAAAAAGGAAGAGUGUGCAAAGUAUGGCUACACUUUUGACAAUAAAAUAAAUUACUGGGAUAUGCGUUAUUACAUGAACAUGAUUGAAAAGUCUAAAUAUUGCAUAGAUCAUGAGAAGUUAAAAGAGUACUUCCCUCUAAAUGCUGUUAUCACAGGUGUACUUGAUAUUUAUCAAGAGCUUCUCUCUGUAACAUUUAAUGAAAUUGUUGAUGCCCAAACAUGGCACAGUGAUGUAUCACUAUAUAGUGUGACUGAUGUGGCUACAAAUAAACGAAUGGGCUAUUUUUACUUGGAUUUGUUUCCACGAGAAGGGAAGUUUGGCCAUGCUGCUUGUUUUAGUUUGCAGCCUGGUUGUUUUAAAGAAAAUGGAGAAAGAAUGUUGUCAGUUUCUGCUAUGGUUGCUAAUUUCACAAAGCCUACAAAUGAUAAGCCUUCACUACUUGGCCAUGAGGAGGUAGAAACAUUUUUUCAUGAGUUUGGCCAUGUGAUGCACCAGAUUUGUGCUGAAGCUGAGUUUGCAAUCUUUAGUGGGACUAGUGUUGAGCGUGAUUUUGUGGAAGCUCCAUCUCAGAUGCUUGAAAAUUGGUGUUGGGAGGAAGCGGCUCUUAAACGAAUGUCAAAACAUUAUAAAGAUGAAAGUGAGCUACCUUCAGAUCUUAUUGACACUUUGGUGAAAUCACGAAAUGCAAAUGCUGGGUUAUUUAACUUAAGACAGAUUGCUCUUGGUAUUUUUGAUCAAUUAAUCCACACAAGACCAUCAGCAAAUACAGCAGAUGUGUUUGCAGAAGUGUCUGAAAAGGUAUUAAGAAUUUCACAAACACCAGGAACAAACUUGAGCGCUUCAUUUGGCCACUUAGCUGGUGGUUACGAUGCUCAGUAUUAUGGUUACAUGUGGAGUGAAGUUUAUUCUAUUGAUAUGUUCCAUUCUCGCUUUAAAAAGGAAGGAAUAUUUAAUCCAUUAGUUGGAAUGGCUUACAGAGAGUGUAUUUUAAAACCGGGCGGUUCGUUGGACGCACGAGACAUGCUGCUAAACUUCUUGGGUCGUGAGCCUAAUCAAGAAGCGUUCCUUAUUAGUAAAGGAUUGGUCUCAAGUUGAUUGUAUAUGAAGAUUUUUAAUGUUAUAUAUUUUUAAAUUUAGGACAAUUAUCAAAAUUAUCAAUUAUUACAUUAUAUUAGUUUAUCAUGAGUCUGCGUUUAAGAGCAGAAUUAUUUGAGAAAGGAAACUGAAAGUAAGAAAAUGAAAGUGUGAAAAAAAAAGUGUGUGAGUAUAUGAGGAAAGUGCAGUCGUAGUGUAGAGAAUUGUGACGUUGGAUUAUAAAGAGCUGAUAUGUUGGAGUGUAUGAUGUUGUUACUUUCAAGAGUUGUUACGUUGGAGUGUACAAAGUUGUUGGAAUGUAAUUGUCGCAUUAUUUUUAAUGUUAUUUAUUUUUUCGGGAAAAUAUAAUAUCAUUGAUA